AUGGCGACUCCUCGCGCGAACACCAUGCACAACUACAUCGACGUGGACAGCGACGAAAUCAACCUGGUCAUCUCGGACUCGAUCGUCAAGGUCAUCAUCGGCGAGAUGAUGUUCCGCCCCGAGGACGAGCUUGCGGUCUUGGACGCGGACGGCGACGACGGGGAAGAGCUCACGGGCAUCGACGCUCGCAACCGGAAGAUCGCCAAGCUGCGGCGCAGUGCGCUGUCGCUUUUCACCGAGAACGAGGAUGGCGUCGGUUACACGGUCAGGAUCCCGGCUGUGACGCUCUUCAACCUGGCCAUCAAGCACGUGUCGGUCAGCUUGUCGUUCCGACAGGUCGCCAGGGUAAUCGAGGACACAAAGAACACGUGCAUGCUCGGCAAGCUGGGCGGCAUCAACGACACGCUGGUCGGCCGGUACGUCCAUGUGAUUGUCGGUCACUCGCUGCAGGCGCUUGACACAAUCAUCGCCUACGACGAUGUCUGGGCACUGGUGUUGUCGUUCGACGGCAGCACGCACCGCGGUACGUGCUUCAAGGAUAUUUGCGUGCGUGUCGGUGUGAUGGGUGUCCUCUACAACUUGCAUUUGAUCGCGAUGCCGCAUUUCGAUCGUCGCACCGCCCAAAACCAGGAGACCAAGAUCGACAAGCUUCUCAACGCUCUGUUCGUGGGGUGGAUUCGGAAGCUGAUCGGCGUCACGACGGAUCGGGAGAAGACGAACAUGGGGCACCGAAACGGCGUCCAGGUGCGCAUGGUGAGGGGGUUUCUAGUUGACAUCUUCGCAAUGUCGUCCAAGUGUGGUGCGUGCGCUCCACACCAGCUCAACCUGCAAGUUCACUUGUAUGUCGAUAAGAUCGACUGUGGCGCGUGGGUGAAGAAGACUUACGAGGUGACUGUGUACCUUCGCCGGCAGUCGAACCUGAUCACGGAAAUGGGCGUGACAAGCCCGAAGAAGACUAACCGGUGGAUCGCGCUCGGCUCUGUGCUCAAGUUCGACAUUGCUCACGAACCGAGAAUCACAACCUUCUUCGCCGAGCGCGCCGCCGAGGGCAACAUGGCUCAGCCGCCUGUGCUGACGUCGACCUGGUGGAUCCUCGUGCAUGCUCUUUCCCCCGCCAUUGAGUUGAUCACUGAGACUUUCGUCAAGCUCCAGCAGCGCGAUUUGGUACUCUGCCAGCAACGGAAGCUGUUUGUCGUUCUCGCCGACGAAAUUGCCGACUUGUUCAAGGUGUGCCGCAUUGCCGACUGCGAGGGCGACUUCGACGACCUGCCUGUCAACACCUACGUACUGCGAAACCAGUCAAUCGUGCUCAUCGCCUCGCUUCGCGACUACGUCGAAGACCUCGGGUCGCACGCUCGAGUGCACUGGGAGAAGCUCGACAAGAUCGAGCAAUCACAAGUCUUCAGGACGAUCGGACUGUUCGCCAUCGGCAUCACGGACGGCAUCCGCCAAGUGGAAGCUGAGCGCGACCCAAUGAACAACCCGUCCAUAGAGCUCGCGCCACCCAUCAUGCCGCACGACCUCGUCAAGACGAGGCCCGCGACAUUUAUCUCGGAGGCGCUAGAGCCGCGGAAGCCACAGCUCGAGGCGACGUCCUGGACAGUCGAUCAGAUUAACACCGCCGAGACGGACCACCGCGAUUUGAUCAAGGCGUACAACAUUGAGCCAGCGACGAAGGCGAUAAUUGACAAGCACGACCAUCUCAAGUCAUUCCACGACGCGUGGGACGAGGUCGCCGGGUGUGGUAUCAAGUACCUCCAGCUGCGCCGCCUUUGCGCCGGUCUUGCGACCGUCUUCCACAACUCGACGUCGGUCGAGUCCGACUUUUCGAUACUGAAGUGGGAAAUGGACGAGUUCCGCACAUCCAUGCUCGACCUGUCGCUGGAAGGUAUCUUCCAGACCAAGCGGUUUGAGCUUCUGGACUCGAUCAUGAUGUCCCUUGAGCAAUAA